GCGAAAUGUUUGCGAAAAGUAAAAAUGUAUUCUUGAUUUCAGAAUCGUCUCUAACUCAUAAAGUUUGGCUGUCGUGUGUUAGUUACGUUUUUUAAGACAAAUUGAUUUAAAGUUUAUUUUUGUCAAUGACUCGGCGUGUAAUGCAUAAAUAAAGAGUUCAGGGUUCAGUCACGUUGUUCUCCGCGUGCCUCGCUGGCUGAUAAGUGUAGCACCCCCCCACCCCGCUGUCCCCCCCCCCACCUGUGAGGACGUAUGACGAGUAAUAAUAAUAAUAAUAACUUUAAUUAUUUAGCACCUUUAAAAACAAUGUUUCAAAGUGCUCCAAAGAGAGUCAAAACAAGUAGAAUAGCAAGAAACCAAUAUUACAUUUAAAAGUAUGUAUUAAAUAUAAAAUGGAAAAUAAAUAAAUUAAAAACAGUGGACGAAGCGCUUUUUGUGUGUCAUGUGACACGUUCUCUGUCACAUUUCUAGAAUGCUGGGUCAUUAGAAUCGGUUUUAUAGUCUGAAAGUGAAACGUCUUCUGCAUCCGCGGCACAACAAACGGUUAAUUGUUGUUCGGCUUUUAUAUGUGUGUGUGUGUGUGUGUGUGUCAGAGGUCAGUGGAAAUGUACUGACUGACCAUUGUGCCGUUAACAAUGAUUAACUGCUUCACCCGUCCUCCACUUUCUCCUGGAUGAUAUUGGCGAUUGUGGACGUUAUCGUGAUGGAUAACAUUAAUAAUCUGUAAUCACGUCCUCUGUCUCCAGAUAAAAAGAUGGAUCGUCACGAUAAAGAAGUCAUCCCCGAAGAGGUGUUGCCCGUCGUGAUCAUCGGCAACGGCCCGUCGGGGAUCUGUCUCUCCUACCUGCUGUCGGGCUACACGCCGUACCUGUCGCCCGGGGCGUCGCACCCCAACCCGCUGCUGCACAGCAAGCUGCGGGAGCAGCCGCACCUGUCGCUGCUGGAGCAGGACCUGGAGUACCUGUGCGAGGGCCUGGAGGGCCGCUCGUCCAAUCCCGUGGCCGUGCUGUUCGACUCGCUGCUGCUGCCCGACAGCGACUUCGGGCUGGACCACUCGUCCCCGCUGGAGUGGCGCUACGAGCCGGAGAGGGCCGUCCCCCACCUGGUGCUGGGCAAGGGCCCGCCGGGGGGGGCCUGGCAUGCCAUGGAGGGCUCCAUGCUGACCCUCAGCCUGGCCAACUGGAUGGAGCUGCCUGGCCUGAAGCUCAAGGACUGGAUCAGGGAGAAGCGCAGGAGCGUGCGUAACGACCGGGCGACGCCCACAGAGAUCGCCUCCUACUACCAGCACUACGUGUCCCAGAUGCUCCUCGAGCAGAACUUCGCCUGCGGCACCACCGUCACCUCCGUCAGCCGGCAGCCCGGAGACCAGGAGGAGGAGGAGGAGGCGGCGCCGCCCUGCUGGAGGGUCACGGGACUGCAGCGCCGAGAGGGGGAGGAGCUAGGAGAAGGCUCCUCCCUGUCCGAGGAGGUGCCGUUCUCCAUGCUGGCCCACAACGUGGUCCUGGCGACGGGGACCCACGACAUCCCGGCCCGGCUGGGCGUGGAGGGGGAGGAGCUGCCUCACGUGUGUCACUCCUUCUGGGAGCUGGAGGCGGCCAUCUCCCGCGGCGAGCUCGACCAAUCCUCGGACCCCGUGCUGGUAGUGGGGGCGGGGCUUACGGCGGCCGACGCCGUGCUGGCCGCCCACCACCUCAACACGCCGGUGUACCACGCCUUCCGGCGCUCCGUCACCGACCCCGGGCUCAUCUUCAACCAGCUGCCCAAGCUGCUCUACCCCGAGUACCACAAGGUUCACCAGAUGAUGAUCCAGCAGCAGUACGAGCCGGACCCUCAGGACCACACCCAGAACCUCCAGGACCCCUCCAGCCCUUCAUCCCUCCCUCCCCUCUCCUCCUCUUCCUCCUCCUACCCGGGUUACCUCAGCUUCCCGCGCUACCGGGUCGCGGCGUUCCGACCCGACCGCAAGUGCGUCCUGGAGUCGGACUCGGGCCGGCGGACGGUGGUCCAGAUCUCCAAGGCGCUGGUUCUGAUCGGCGCCCACCCCAACCUCUCCUUCCUGGGCGACAACGGCCGCUCGCUGGGCGUGAACCCCGAGGAGCCAAUCACGUGCCGGAGGAACCCGGUGGAGGCGGACCCGUUCACCAACAAGGUGUCGGCGGCGGCCGGGCCGGGCCUGUACGCCAUGGGGCCGCUGGUCGGAGAGAACUUCGUGCGGUUCCUGAAAGGCGGGGCGCUGGCCAUCGCCAGCGACCUCGCCAAGACCCAGAGGGAGGGGGGCCGGUGGGGGGGCGGGGCCGCGCGGACCGGACCCGAGGUUCUGGACUCGUAGCACGAAGCGAGCGAUGAACGUUUUUCAGACGGAAAUACAUCGCAACAGUCGGGGAAACGAAGAAAGUAAAGAAAAAACGUCUCAAACGGGUCGGCGCCGCUUCUGGACUCCGCCCUCGGGCUCCGCCACCAGGCUCCGCCCCCGAGCUCGGGUUCGGUACCGUUCUCUACCGGGUUUUUAAGGACAUUAUAAUACCGGCUUUUGACCAAUGAAAACUCCCGACGUCGAUGUUCUUGAAGAAUCUUCUCGUCCCUCGGCGGCGGUCACGUUGUGGUCGCCGCCCCCUGGUGGGCAAACGCUGAACUUCACCCUGACCUCAAACAUGCGCCUGCGACACAUUUUGGCGUCCGUGAUAAAUCUCUCUCUCUCUCUCUCUCCCCCGACAUGUGACCCACAACCAUUUGCAGCUUUAUUUAUAUCCAUAUUGUGUUUUUCUAAAAUAAAUAUAUAUAGAAUUUUUUUUUUUAACAUUACGAGUUGAUGAGGACGCAAACGAAGGAGGGAGAGAAUAAAUUGACUGGAAAAGGAACCAAUCAGCAGCUACCUGGUGAACCAAUCAGCAUCACACAACCAAAACAGCCUCUUUAUUAAUAAUUAACACGUUUAUGUUGUGGUUUUAUUGUUUUUCGUGACACUCCGGUUCAGUUCUACACAUCGUAUCAUUCUCCACGUGUGAGCUUGUAUAUUUUGGGGGUUUUAUGAUUAUAUGUAUAUGUAUAUAUAUAUUUAUAUAUUUAUUUAUAUAUGUAUAUAUAUACACACAUGGUGCUUUAUUUUUCUCAGUUUGAAGCCACUGUUCCCACCGGGUAUCUUUUGUGAAUCUAUCUUGUGAAAAGCUUUUAUACUUUAAACAUCUUCACGUUGUUCAUAUAUUCAGUGUUUCUACGGCUCCUCGUCGCGAUGAUGUCACACGUUGUUUAUUAUAACGUUGCACGACGUCGCCCGUUCAGAAACGAUGUUUCCUCCACCUGAAUCUUCCACUUUUGUAACUUUUUUAAGAUAUUAAUAACGGGGGGAUGUUGUUCUGUGAUUCUGUUGAUUUCAAAGAUAAACAACAACAACAACAAAACGUU